AUGUCACAAAAUUUUGAAUUGACGUCUUUAAUUCACGUGUUCUGGGAUCUGCAGUUCACUUUUUUGCAUCCAGAAGGAAAACAACCAAUCGACCAGGGUGCAUACACAUGCGAGGCGAUAAACGUAAAGGGACGAGUUCUCGCCACACCCGACUGCAUUGUGCGCAUUGUGAACAUUCCGGCACCAGAACCUCCGAGACCUCCUCCAGUUCCACAGAUUAGAUGUGAUAUACGAGGAUCUGCAUCUCCGUACCCCGACCGAAGUGGUGCCUGCUCAUGCAAGCCUCUUGUGACGGGUCCAUCAUGCACCGAAUGUCGUCCAGGAUCUUUCCAUUUGCAUGAAAAAGCACCGCAAGGCUGUUUGAAAUGUUUCUGUUUUGGUGUCACAGAUCAGUGCCGUUCAAGCAGUUGGUACAGAACUGAGGUAAGUAGAAAUUUUGAAAAAACCUCCUGA